GCUAGACAAAGACACGAAAAUGCAAAUCCAUGGAAAUAUGAGUCGACAAGCGUUAAAGGAUGGUAAUAACUUUGACGACUGGGUUAAUACAUGGUUUUUCAUCUUACUUUGAAAAAGUUUUCACAAGGAACUUCCUUGUAUCAACAGACAGUCAUUAUUACAAUCAUUAUCUAUCACAAUCGAUGGUUUAGGAUGAAAAUAAUUCCAUGCUUUUUGUGUCUUGUGGGGUGUUUUGUUCCUUGUCGUAGAACGUAAAAGGACUUACUGUAUUUUUACCUGUACCAAUAUCUACCCCAUCGCACAGAAUCCCUCCUCGAUCCGUCCAUCGAUUUGCUGUUGAAUUCCAGCUCGCUUGUGGGCUCGAUGCGGAUAGUCUUGUUGCAUUUGCUGGCUGAUCAGAACUGUGAUGCGGUGAUGGUCUCCGGCUUUGUCUUCGCGGCCGAACGCGUUCUAAGGAAAAUUUUGGUUAUGAGACUUGGACAUGAGAUUUUUACUUUGUUGUUUUGAUGGAAUGAAGUUCAAGUUGAUGUAAGUACCUGUAUGUGUAUACCUAUACCCGUAACGAGUACGUUUGCUUCGGCCUUCAACGCUACGCAGUGGGAUGAUAGAAUUUAAACUACCUUAGCUUGACAAAAUGACAAAUCAGUUCGGACGGGUCACCAGGUUUUUGUAUUUAGAAGGAAUCAAUAGUGGGUGCUGCUCGCUAAUUCCAGUUGCGAAGGACUCAACUUCGACGUAUUGAUGCAGGUGAUGCGG